AUGUCGGAAGAAACGACGUCGAUUGACUACGUAAUGGAGGCAUCAUCUAGGUCUCACUUCUCCGCCCUGAGACUCGACGGCCAGGUCCCAUCCUCCGCCACGGCCGCGUCCUCCACUCUCGAUUCAACCCUAACCCUCAAUUCCCUUCCCAAUCAACCCUUCGUCAUAGGAGUUUCUGGAGGUACUGCCUCGGGCAAAACCACCGUCGGCAAUAUGAUCAUUCAGCAACUCCACGAUCACUGCGUUGUCCUUGUAAAUAAGGACUUGUUUUAUCACGGGUUGAAUCCUGAAGAGUUGAAACGUGUUCACAAGUACAAUUUCAACCACCCUGGUGUUGAUGUUAUUCUUGAUUGUAUGGGAGCAACCUACUAUCAAAAAAAUCUUGAUAGCUUGAAUUUUGAUGGAAGGCUUUUUAUUAUUGGCUUUCAAGGGAAGCAUACAUCAGCAGGAGACAAAGAGAAGAUGGUGCCAUUAGCAGAAGUCCAAGCACAAACAGAUCAAACACAAGCAAAGGGGGUGCAGGGGGUGCAAACAACAACAAACAAGAGAAGAAUGGUGAGGCCUGCUUACCUUAUUGACUUCAUUUGA